CUCUCUCUCUCUCUCUCUCUCUCUCUGUCUCUGUCUCUCUCUCUGUCUCUGUCUCUCUCACAGUUUACAUAUUACAUACAGAUUAUACCUUUUUUCGAAGAUGAUGAAGGCUAAACAGAAUCAAAUAGCCCAUGAGGACACUGAUUUUUCACAUAACAGGCAAAACGAUCCUCUGUUCAAAGCGGCAAGAGCAUCAGUGGAAGACAGUAAAUCUCUGUUGCUUCUAUCUUCAGCCAUGUCCAAAGCCAUUAAGGCAAAGUAUAAUGCUCAAGAAAUAACCAUGAGAUCAACGAAAAAUGAUGAAGAUAACCGUUCUAUCACGUCAAAUGAAACGUCAUCAUCGCAGCUUCAUGACACGAAAGCCCUAACAAACCCUUUGCAACAUCUCUUUUCUCGUCGCCACCAUCAUCGCCAUCCACUUUCCAUUGAAAAUAGCAAACCAGAGAUGGCGCCUUUUCCGUCUGCUUCUGCUUCUACGCCAACUAUGAAAUCGAAAUCCAAAUCAAUUAGUCGAAGACUGGUCAAUUUCUUGCCUAUAAAAAGCAGCCAUAGCAAAUAUUCCUCAUCUGCUAUGAGUACUGACGCUUCUGCUACUACGACGCCAAUGUCCUCUUCAAGUAAAAACAAACGAGUAUUUUUAUCGCAAAAAUCAUUAGAAUUUGAAGCUUUGUUAGAAGAAUAUCCAACGAGGACAAUCAAAACUAGCUUAACGCCUUGCACAGCUGCUUAGGAUCGUACGCCCUUGUGUUCCUCUAUUUAUGUUAUGUAAUAAUUUCAUUAUUUUUUUACCAUUUAUUCGUCUUCCUCAUCCAUUAUUUAUAGAUUAUAUGCCUUAAUACUUAGACUUCAUACAAUUAUAUUUAUUUUAUUUGAUAUUACUAAUAAUAAAAAGUUUACUCUCGA